AUGAGGACUACUGGUGCAGUGGACUAUUUAUACUACUGCAUGCUUAUCCUGCAGUUUGUGCAUCAGCCCGCCGCCAAGCAGGUGCUCAGGUACCGCCUGGCCGAGGAAGGACCGCCGGACGUGCGGGUGGGCAACGUGGCCGCCGACUUGGGCAUCGUCGCGGGCUCCGGAGAGGUGACGUUCACCCUGGAGUCGGGCUCGGAUUUUUUCAAGAUCGACAACAUCACGGGCGAGCUCACCACCAACGAGAGACGGAUCGACCGCGAGAAAUUACAACAGUGCCAGAUGAUAUUCGACGAGAACGAGUGCUUCAUCGAUUUCGAGGUGUCCGUCAUCGGCCCGGCACAGAGCUGGGUUGACCUCUUUGAGGGAAAAGUCAUCAUCUUAGAUAUCAAUGAUAACACUCCUUCUUUCCCCUCACCUGUGCUGACGCUGUCCGUUGAGGAAAACAGACCGAUCGGAACCUUGUAUCUGCUUCCCACCGCAACAGAUAGAGAUUUUGGAAGGAACGGGAUCGAGAGGUACGAGCUCAUCCAGGACAACGGGGAGAACUCCAGGCGCUCCUCAGUAGACUCGUACUCUGGCAAGAGGAGAUUCGACGAGGGCGCGAGCAGGAGCAGCGUUUUCGAGCUGCAGGUCGCCGACACCACCGACGGCGAGAAGCAGCCCCAGCUCAUCAUUAAAGGGGCGCUGGAUCGGGAGCAGAGGGACUCCUACGAGCUCACGCUACGCGUGAGGGACGGGGGCGAUCCCCCGCGUUCAUCUCAGGCCAUCCUGAGGGUGAUGAUCACCGACGUGAACGACAACAGCCCUCGGUUCGAGAAGAGCGUUUACGAAGCCGACCUGCUGGAGAACAGUUCUCCUGGCGCCCCUAUACUGCAGCUGAAAGCGGCCGACGCGGACGUAGGUGUCAACGGUCAAAUCGAGUACGUGUUCGGGGCGGCCACAGAGUCCGUGCGGAGGCUGCUAAGGCUGGACGAGAGCACGGGGUGGCUAAGUGUGCUGCACCGUAUCGACCGCGAAGAAGUCAGCCAGCUGAGGUUUACCGUGAUGGCCCGUGACCGAGGCCAGCCGCCCAAAAUGGACAAAGCCACAGUGGUGCUGAACAUCAAGGACGAGAACGACAACGUCCCCGCCAUAGAGAUACGGAAAAUCGGACGCAUUUUCCUAAAAGACGGCAUCGCCAAUGUUGCCGAAGACGUGGUGGUUGACACGCCCAUCGCCCUAGUGCAAGUUUCCGAUCGUGAUCAGGGUGAGAACGGCAUCGUGACCUGCACGGUGGUUGGGGACGUGCCCUUUCAGCUCAAACCGGCCAGCGAGAUGGAGGGCGAGCAGAACAAAAAGAAAUACUUCCUUCAUACGUCCGCGCCGCUGGACUACGAGAACGUGCAGGAAUAUAACGUAGUAAUCGUAGCGGUGGACUCCGGAAGCCCCAGCCUGGCGAGCAAUAACUCUCUUGUUGUCAAAGUGGGCGACACAAAUGAUAACGCUCCGGUCUUUAACCUAAACGUAGUGGAGGUGUCGUUCCCGGAAAACAACGCCCCGGGCGAGAGGGUGACGACGGUGGCGGCCAAUGACGCAGACAGCGGGAAGAAUGCAGAAAUAAGCUAUUCCCUUGAUUCAUCGGUCAACGGGAUUUUUUCCAUCGACGCAGACAGCGGCGACAUCCGAGUGAACACCAUCAUGGACCGAGAGCAAACGGAGCGCUACGAAUUUAAAGUCAUAGCUAAAGAUAAGGGCGUAAACACUUUACAGGGCUCGGCCACGGUAGUCGUUCUGGUGGCGGACAAAAAUGACAACGAGCCCAAGUUCAUGCAAGAUGUAUUUACUUUCUAUGUCAAAGAGAACCUUGAGCCAAACAGCCCUGUUGGCAUGGUUACAGUCAUCGAUGCAGAUAAAGGUCAAAAUGCGGAAAUGAGUCUUUUUAUUGAGGAGGAGGAAGAGAUCUUUUCAAUAGAAAAUGAUACCGGGACUAUUUUCUCCACCCUGUCCUUUGACAGAGAGCUGAAAACCACCUACACGUUCCGCGUGAAGGCCGUGGAUGGAGGCGACCCGCCCCGGUCGGCCACUGCCACCGUCUCUCUGUUUGUCAUGGAUGACAAUGACAAUGCGCCGACUGUAACGUUCCCCAUAAACAGCUCUUAUACCCUCCUCCCUCCUUCCAGCAACAUCAGAACUGUCGUGAGAACGGUCAUUGCCACGGACACCGACACAGGUAUCAACGCUGACCUCAACUAUAGCAUAGUCGGCGGGAACCCCUUCAGGCUGUUUGAGAUUGACGGAGGUACCGGUGUGAUUUCCCUGGUGGGAAAACUGGAGCCGAAGCACUACGGUCUGCACCGGCUGGUGGUCCAGGUCAACGACAGCGGGCAGCCCUCCCAGAGCACCACCACGCUUGUCCACGUCUACGUGAAUCAGACCCUUUUCAAUUCCACUAUUGUGGAAGCGCAGGUGGCGAAGAGCCUGAGCACGUCUCUCAACACCAACAUCGCCGGCGACCCUAACUACGACCUGAGCAAACAGCGUCUGAGUAUCGUCAUCGGCGUGGUUUCGGGAAUCAUGACGGUCAUCCUCAUCAUCUUAGUGGUCGUCAUGGCCCGCUACUGCCGGCCCAAGAACAAGAACGGCUACGAGGCCGGUAAGAAGGACCAUGAGGACUUCUUCACACCGCAGCAACACGACAAGUCCAAGAAGCCCAAGAAAGACAAGCGCAAGCAGAAAUCCAAGCAGCCACUCUACAGCAGCAUCGUCACGGUGGAGGCCUCCAAACCCAAUGGUCAGCGUUACGAUGGCGUCAACGAGAAGCUAUCGGACAGCCCUGGCAUGGGUCGCUACCGUUCCGUCAACGGAGGCCCCGGCAGCCCGGAUCUGGCCCGCCACUACAAGUCCAGCUCCCCGCUCCCUACCGUCCAGCUUCACCCGCAGUCGCCCACGGCCGGCAAAAAGCACCAGGCGGUUCAGGACCUUCCUCCGGCCAACACAUUUGUUGGCACCGGAGAUAACAUUUCACUGGGAUCCGACCACUGCUCUGACUACAGCAGUCAAACCAUCAACAAGUACAACAAACAGCCGUUUCGCCGAGUGACCUUCUCGGUGGUGAGCCAGCCCCAGGACCCCCACCAGGGAUCGCUGCAGAGCUGCUACGACAGCGGCCUGGACGAGUCUGAGACGCCCAGCAGCAAGAGUUCGUCGGGGCCCAGACUGGGCGCCCUGCCUCUGCCCGAGGACAGCUACGAGAGGACCACGCCGGAUGGCAGUGUCGGUGAGGCAGAGCACAUGGAAAAUGACUCGCGGCCACUGCCCGACGUAGCCAUGACCGGCAAGUGCACCCGGGAAUGCGACGAGUACGGCCACUCUGACUCCUGCUGGAUGCCUGUCCGCACGUCGCCCGAGCGGCGGCCAUCCAAGUCCACCACCACACCCCAACAACCAAAGCUUUCCACUUUCAUGAGCGGCAACAGCAGCAGUAGCAGCAGCAGCAGCCAAGAGCAGCCCGGCAGCCAAGAGACCCUGGCCAUGGGCGCUGUGGGGGCCAUGGGGGCUAUGGGCGCCGUGGCCAACGGAGACCCCGCCGCCGGCCACAUGCUGGGCAACCGUAAUCGCAACCUACUUAGCAAGAAGAUGGCUUCCUCCUCCUCCUAUGAGGCCUUCGGCUCCCCGUCUUACGGCUCGCCUCCGUACGGCUCGCCCGGAGUCGCGGAGGAGACGCUGGGCCAUCCCACCGAGGAAAUCCCAAUGGCGCCCACCGGAGAGUACAAGCCCACCUCUUGCGGUACUCUUACGCGACGGGAGGUGUACCUGUGA